AUGACUCAUCAACCAUAUGGGUCCAUCAAAUUAGAACCUUGGUUGAUCUUUCCAGACAAGUCCACUUUCCUAGAUGUUUUGAGGAGUUUUUGCAUACAAGAGGGGUUUGGACUAAGUGUUGAGAGGGCUGACAGUAAGAGGUACACUGCAGUGUGUGCAAUAGAAACUUGUGACUGGAGGAUACAUGCAAGUAAGAUGUUUGACAGUGUCAGUUGGGCUAUUAAGGGGAUCAGUGGGUGCCACAAAACUUGUGGGAGAUUGGAGGAGAACCCUGUGGUGACCUCUGAGUGGCUAUGUAAGAACAUGAUGAGUCUAAUUGAGGCCAACACUGAAAUUCCUGUUGAGACAUUGAGAAGGUAUGCACAGGAGACAUUUCAAUUGAGGGUUAAAAAGAGAUUGUUGUACAAAGUAAGGAGUAUGGCAGUAGAGAAGAUACAUGGUGGUUGGGCUGAGGCUUAUGAGUUGCUUCCUAGGUAUGCUGAGAUGAUUAAACAGACAAACCCAGGAAGUUAUGCACUGAUUUCAUGGGGUGCUACAAGUGGGGAUGUGAACCCCAAGUUCAGAGCUUGUUUCUUCUCCUUUGCUGCUCAAGUCAAGGGGCCUAUAAUUGGAAUAGAUGGGGCUCAUCUACGUGGGUUUUACAAGGGAAUCCUACUCACAGCUGUUGGCAUUGGUGGGAACAAUGAAAUAUUUGUUCUGGCUUAUGGGAUAGUGGACACUGAGAGCUGUGAUAGUUGGACACAUUUCAUGAGAUGCUUGAGGCGGAUGUUUGAGCAAGAGGGUUGCAACAAAGAUGAUUGGACCUUCAUCAGUGACAGGAUGAAGGGAGUUGACUUGGCAGUGAGAGAUACUUUUCCUAGAGCUACUAGGAGAGUUUGCUGCCAACACUUGUACAUGAAUUGCAAAAACAAUGGAUUUAGUGGAUCUGCUUUCUUCAAACUGUUUUGGAUAGCUGCAAAUGCACACAAUGAGUAUGUGUAUGGUAAAGCAUUAGAGAAGAUCACUGCUCAUGAUCCAAAUGCUGCUGCAUACUUGGACACAUGCCAGGAGCAGUGGUCCAGGCAUAUGUUUGACCCUGCUGUUUGUUGUGAUCACAACACAACAAACUUUGUGGAGUCAUUCAAUGCAUGCACAAAACCAUACAGAGACAUGCCUGUAUUCUCAUUGUUGGAAGCAAUCAGAAAGUGGUGUAUGGAGAGGGUUGGGGCAAGAUUUGACAUGGCAAUUGAUAUGGAGGAUGGUCAGUUGACUGAGUAUGCCAAGAAAGAGGUGGAUGAAAGAACAGGAGAGUCUAGGUUCUGCUAUGCUACAGCCUGUGGUGGGGGGGAAUUUGAGGUCAGAGAUGCACAUGUGAACUUCCCCAUCAGGUUAUCAACUAGAAGCUGUGGGUGUGGGAAGUGGCAAAUUUCUGGAAUCCCCUGCAAGCAUGCACUCAGGGUGAUUUAUGACCAAAGGCUGAACCCCAUUGAUUUUGUCUCCCCAUUCUUCAAGUCUGCUGCAUACAAGCUUACAUAUGCAGACCACAUUCACCCCAUGUCAGACCCAACACAGUGGCCUAACUUUUCUCUCCCUACCAUUCAGCCUCCAGUCAUCAAAAGACAAGCUGGCAGACCUGCUAAGAAGAGAAAGAGAGGACCAAAUGAACCCAGGAAGGGGAAGAGAAACAGCAAUGUGAAAUGUGGAAAGUGCAGGGAGUUUGGUCAUAACUCAAGGACAUGUAAGAAUGGAGGACCAAGCACUGGACCAAGCACUUCAGCAGCAGCAGGAGCAAGUACAUCACAAGGGGGUUCAAGGGGGAGGAAAAGAGCAAACACAGCAACUUAACCAUGCACAAAGUUAAAAGUUAGUCAGUUUUUGGUGAAUUGUAGGUGCACAAAGUUAAAAUAGCUUAGGCAAUUUACAAUUAGUAUCACUUUUUGGAAAGAACACAAUUGCUUAGACAAGAUGUUUUUGUGCAGUUUCAGUGGCAUUUGUCCACUUAGAAAUCAGUUUUUGUAAAGCUCAUAUGCUUAAACAAGUGAUGUUAUUGCUUGAAAUUUGUUACAACUCUACUUCAUUGCUAUCCAAAUUAGAAAUGCAAACAUUAUUACACCAAUUUUUAUUGCAAACUUGAAUUGUUGUUUCUGUUGUUUCAGUUUCUUCUUCAAUAGCUUCAACUCUUCAUGCAUUCCCCUGCUUCCUUCUUGCAUUCCCCUGUUUUCUUCUUGCAUUCCCCUGUUUUCAUCAGCUCUGUUUCCCUUGCUUUGAGCUUCAUCAAAUGUCUGCUCAACAAAACCUUUGCACCACUUGAAAUUAUCACAAGGAUCACACUUGUAGUAAAGCUUUUGCGGAUUUUUAGCCGUUUCCGAGCUCCUAAUUGCAAAUCUUCUCCCACAAUUGCAGUUUUUAUUUGGAACUCUUAGGUAUGACAAACUUGGGAUGGAAGAGGAUCCGGUUUUUGAAUUAGAACUCAUGGCUAUUUAGGAAAUAGAGGGCUAAACAUGGAGCAAGUCAAGUGAACAACAGCCUUACUUAUAGGCAGCAUGAACAUAACGGCUAUAUUGAAUUAAAACUAGCCGUUGGAUUCAAAUUAUGAAGUUUGGGUAUUUGGUGCAAAGAACUUUACAAAUAGGUGUAUACUAUGCAAAACCUUUAUAUUUAGGUGCAUUUUAUGAAUUUUAAACAUGACUUAACGGAGGACUAACGGAAAGUCAUAAUAGGGGUAUUUGGUGAACAGUUUUGAGUAAA